AUCUUCUCUUCUCCCUCUCGUCGCUGCCAAAGGAAAAAACAUCAACCAAGAAACAGGAAAAGAAAUGGGCAUUGAAAGAGAGGAAAGCGAGCCCAGAGCUAUUCCGACGCCGACGCUCAUAUUCACCUACGGAACAUUAAAGAAAGGCUUCUCUAAUCACGCUCUAAUGCAAGAUCUGAUGAAAACCGGAGACGCCGUCUUCAAAGGUAACUACCGAACCGUAGAAAAGUAUCCUCUCGUAUGUGGGCCAUACAGGGUCCCAUUUCUCCUCAACCUCCCCGGAGCCACUGGAUCCAAACAAGUAACCGGCGAAUUAUACGCUGUCACCGGUAAAGGACUCGCCCGCCUCGAUGAGCUGGAAGGCACAAGCCGCUUCCACUAUGAGAGAUUGCCGAUAACGGUGACGGCGGAUGAUGGUGAGGAAGGAAAACCGUGCGCCGCGGAGGCGUAUUACGCGCACAGAAGCUACGCAAUGGAGAUGUGGAAAAGGAAUGGGAAGAGAGGGUAUGGAGUAUACGGAGAGAAGGAAGCGAAAGGGUAUAUUAAGAGGAAAGAUAGGCCUCAGAAUCUGAGUUUUUUAGAACAGAUUCAUGUUUUUGUGACCUCUAUUGAUGCUAAUUGAUCAAAUUAUAUAUAACAAUAUAUUAAAAACCAGAGCUAAAAAUUGUUAAUCAAUGUAUAAUUUUGUGUUUGUGACUGUGAUUGUGCUAUAGCCUUUUGUUCUUUUUGUGAUAUUUAAAUGUGCUAAUUUUGUGAUUA